AUGACUGCUGAUGAUGCUAUGCAAUCAGACGACCUGAUCCAAGGUCAGUGUUAUGUUAAAGAUAGAUUUCUAACUGUACUAUAUGACUCGGGUGCAUCGCAUUCCUUUAUUUCUUUAACUGUUGCUAGUGAGUUGGGACUAGAUUUCUCUGAGUUGAACUUUGAUCUAAUUAUCCAUACACCUGCAUCCCAAAAUGCUUUGACCAGUUUAGCAUGCCUGCAAGUACCAUUCACCAUUAGGAAUAGGACUUUUAUACAUGAUCUAAUCUGUUUGCCUCUAUGUGGUUUAGAAAUUAUUUUAGGAUUAGAUUGGUUAUCUAAGUAUCAUGUUUUCCUUGAUUGCUAUGAGAGAAUUGUUGUUAUUCCAUCUGAUAGUUUAGAUAUUAAACCAUUUUUGUCUCAUACUUUAUAUCUGAAUUUCGUAAGAGUUACCUUAGACGGGAGUGAUUAUGAGGGAUACGUUCUGUUAGCGGCUAGCUCAAAUGACAGUGAACUAAGUUUAGAACGAAUUCAAGUGGUGAAGGAAUUUCCUGAUGUUUUCCCAGACGACAUACCUGAGUUUCCUCCUCGGCGAGAGAUAGAAUUCAGCAUUGAACUUGUACUUGGAACCAGAUCGAUUUCCAUAACACCGUACCAGAUGUCACCAUUGGAACUUGAAGAAUCAAAGAAGCAGUUGGAUGAGCUACUUGGAAAGAAAUUUAUUCAUCCCAGUGCAUCACCUUGGGGAGCUCCAGUAUUGCUAGUAAAGAAGAAGGAUGGUGGAAUGAGACUUUGUGUAGAUUACGACAGCUAA